UAUUUAAGCUUGCUUGCUGAUGGGAAAUUCAAGAUCUUUUAUUUUUGCUUGAAAUUUAAGAGAGAUUGAAGUUUCAGUGUAUUGUUAUUGAGAGGAGAAGCAUGUGAAUUGUUUGGUAGACAUUGAUAUUUGUAGAUUUAUGGCUUGUCUAUAAUAAUUCUCAUUUGUUUAGGAGUAGAACUGGCAGAAAAUUUGGGCCAAAACUGGAAACUUGAACCAAUUAAUCUGAUUUUGGUGUUUUUGGGUUGGUAUAACUGGUGGUUUUGUAGGGACUGUGAAGGAGCGCAAUUUUUGUAGUGUUGGUUCAGGUUAAAAAUAUGUGAUUUAAAAAAAAAAAAUGACUUUGGUAUCGGUCGUGCGUAGUUGAAGUGAGAACACUUUUUUUGCCUUUGUCAAGAUUUGGUGUUUAGUAGAUACACUUUGAAUCGUGUUGGAGUGUUUAAUAGGGAUCAGCCUUAGCUGAGGUGUCAAAAUUAAAUCUGGUGCCACCCCUUAUGUAUUUGGCCUUUCUUUUUGAUAAGUUAUUCAAUGACUAUAUAUUUAUUGUUUCAAGGAUGGAGAAUGUCCAAAGUUGGUGUAUUUUAAUCAAUUGUUUUAAGCUUUGAUGUUGACUGCUAAGUUGAUAAGCAACUAGUUUUUGGAUUGCUUGCUGAAUUAGUCAAAUGAUUCUGGCCCUGUUUCGAUGGCGUUAAAUGAUUUGGAAAAUAGUUCUAAAUCUAGGAUGCUUGGUUGGACAUAAAGUUGGUAGUGUGUUGUUUGGAGACAAUUGUUCGUAUCAGAAAGGGAAAUAAUGUUCAUAUGUUGUAGGAGAGGAGCGAAAAAUAACUUACCCUUAUAUCGGGACACUAAUUUUAUAUAGGUUUCUUGGUAAACAGUUUAGGUCAUACAAGAUUUUGAUUUUCAUCUAGCUUACGUGUCUACCUACCACACUGGUUCUACACUUCUACUUCUCGAAGGAUGGAGUGUUAAUCUUUUGAUCGGAAUAGAGUGAGUUCUACAUGAAAUAGUCGAAACUUGUCAUUGAAUAAGUCAUUCUAGAUUGCACACUCAAAUUUUCAUGCGCCAAUGGACGAGGAUUCUUCCAAAAUUAGUUCACUUUGGCAACUUUUCGUUUGUUCAAAUGCUCCCAUAUACAAGUUAAACUUCAACAGGUUACAUGUGCAUUUCAAAGACAAGUUCGAACCUGCGAAGUGUAUAUGUGUUGGAACUACAGUGAGCUUCUGGAUGCUUAUAUGAAUGCAAUUGAGAAAAUAAGCAGAGUGGAUAAUUGUCACUUAUUUGGCAUGAAACUGAAACGGACCAUAUUAGGAGAUUGGCUAGGUUAUUGGAGACAGUUUUUGUUUGCCGAGCUGGAAAAUCAGUGGGAUGGCGGUAGAGCUUGUUAACUCUGCAACAAGUGACAAACUCACUGAAAUAGAUUGGACGAAAAAUAUUGAAAUAUGUGAAUUGGUUGCACGUGAUCACAGGCAAGCUAGAGAUGUUGUUAAAGCUAUAAAGAAACGGUUGGGAAGUAAAAGCCCGAACUCACAACUCUUCUCAGUAAAUUUGCUGGAAAUGUUGAUAAACAAUAUCGGAGAACCUGUUCAUAAGCAGGUUGUUGAUACAGGAAUCCUUCCAAUACUUGUAAAGAUAGUAAAGAAAAAGUCAGAUCUACCCGUACGAGAGAAGAUAUUUCUUCUUCUAGAUGCUGCACAGACUUCUCUUGGCGGAGCUUCUGGGAGGUUCCCUCAGUAUUAUACUGCAUAUUAUGAGUUAGUGAGUGCAGGCGUGGAGUUUCCUCAAAGAUCUCUUGUCUCCUCUGAACCGCAUGCUCCGUCAAAUGAGAAUGAAAAUAAUCAACGAGACAACAAUCAUGUCUCUUCUAGAUGUGAAGUAAAAUACCCACAAGCAGAGCCUCAAAAAGUUCCCGCCAACAGUAUCCUACAGAAGGCUGCCGCUGCUCUAGAGGUUCUAAGAGAAGUUCUUGAUGCUGUCGACACUCAGCAUCCUGAGGCAGCAAAGGAUGAGUUCACACUUGAUCUUGUGGAGCAAUGUUCAUUUCAAAAGCAACGAGUGAUGCAUCUUGCUAUAAGUUCUCGGGAUGAAAAAGUGGUCUCCCAAGCUGCGGAGCUGAACGAGCAGCUUGAUAGAGUUCUUAAAAGACAUGAUGCACUUCUUUCUGUUGGGCCAACCUCCACGUCAAAUCCACAUGAUCACGGGCAAUCAGAAGAAGAGGAGGAGCCUGAUCAGCUUUUCCGAAGAAUAAGAAAAGGAAAAGCUCGGCUACAGCCGGAAGAUGAAGGCAGCCAAGUAGAACGUCCUUUUGGGUUGCUAGGAUCUGCAGUUCCAGAGGGUAUGCUACAUCGUCCACUUAUAAGGCCAGUGGUUACGGAGCAGAAGCAAGAAAACGACAUUGGAAAAACAGGUGUUGCAAUUCCUCCACCACCUGCAAAACAUGCUGAGAGAGAAAAGUUCUUCCAGGAAAACAAGUCUGAUGGUUCUACAGUGUCUGGUCAUAUGAGGGGCCUCUCCUUACAUAGUCGCAACGCCAGCAGCUCUCGCAGCGGCAGCAUUGAUUUCAGUGAAUAAUAUGCUUUCUUAUGUUUAUCCCUUUUCUUACUUGAAGUUUCUUUCACCUGUAUCAAGCUUUUCUUCUUGAGUGCUUUUUAUGUUAUGUGGAUAUUGUGGGGAGAGGGUUGGAGUUUGUCAUCAUUCGUAUAUGCUAGUUUAAAGUUCCCUGGAUAGUCUGUCAAGACUUGAGAAUUAAAUAUUUUUGAUAUACAUGGAUUUUGUUAAA